GGGCGGAUGCUGAAGGUGGUCGAUCAGCUGAACAAUGGGUCCCGGAGGGGAUCCCGGGUCCUCCGCGAGGCUGCGGGAGCCCACGCUGCCGCGCUCGGACCGGCCGCCAGCCGACCCCUCCGGCCACCCCUAGUGCCCCAGGCGGCGCGCUCGCACCAGCGCCGCGGCGCGCCGGCCAAUGCGCCCCGGGCGCGCCAGCUGUACCCGGGCCCGGGCGCGCGCGAUUGGCAGCCCCCAGCCUCAGCCCUCGCGCCCCACCCCGCGACGAAGUUCUGCCCUCGCCCGUUCCGCGGCCGCAGCCAGUCCCCGCUCUCCGCCCUGGGGGUGUCCGGCGCGGGGCCCGGAUCCGGCCGCACACUCCUCCCAGGCGCCGCGGAGCCACCAGGUUCGAAGCGCCCUCAGUCGGCGCAGUCCCCUCCCGGGCUGACCAUGAAGGUCGAGUUUGCGCCGCUGAACAUCCCGCUGGCGCGGCGGCUGCAGACGGCCGCGGUGCUGCAGUGGGUCCUGUCCUUCCUCCUGCUCGCCCAGGUGUGCCUUGGGAUCAUUGUGAUACUGGUCAUACACAACUAUUGGUUCCUCUAUGUCCCUUACAUGACAUGGCUUUACUUUGACUGGCGUACCCCAGAACGGGGGGGCAGAAGAUCCAACUGGGUCAGAGGCUGGACCGUUUGGAGGUAUUUUAAGGACUAUUUUCCAAUUCAUCUCAUCAAAACUUGGGAUUUGGAUCCAAGUCACAACUACAUAUUUGGGUUUCACCCCCACGGAGUGCUUGUUGCUGGAGCCUUUGGAAAUUUUUGUACGAAUCAUUCGGACUUUGAACAGCUGUUUCCCGGCUUCACCGCGUAUCUUCAUGUGCUCCCAUUUUGGUUCCGGUGUCCUCUCUUUCGAGAAUAUCUGAUGAGUAGCGGGCCAGUCUCAGUUUCUAAGAAAAGUGUGUCCCAUGUGCUGAGCAAGGAGGGAGGUGGAAACAUUUCAGUCAUUGUUCUUGGGGGUGCAGAAGAAUCACUGGAUGCCCAUCCUGGAAAAUUCACUCUGUUCAUCCGCCAGCGGAAAGGAUUUGUUAAAAUUGCUCUGACCCAUGGCGCCUCCUUGGUCCCAGUGUUUUCUUUUGGAGAAAAUGAGCUAUUUAAGCAAGUUAACAACCCCGAAGGCUCCUGGCUUCGAACUGUGCAAGAGAAGCUACAGAAGAUCAUGGGGUUUGCUUUGCCUCUUUUCCAUGCCAGAGGGAUCUUUCAGUACAAUUUUGGCCUGAUGCCGUACAGGAAACCCAUCCACACCGUUGUUGGCCGUCCGAUCCCUGUUCAUCAGACUCUGCAUCCAACCACGGAGCAGAUUGAGGAGUUACAUCAGACCUACAUGGAGGAGCUAAGGAAAUUAUUUGAGGCGCACAAAAGGAAGUAUGGUAUUCCAGAACAUGAAACUCUCAUUUUUAAAUGACUAUACUCUUAGGAGGCAUACCAGAGGAUGGAGAACGUCCCAUUCAUUGGAGAAUACAUAUUUUAAAUAAGGAUUUUCUUCUCUGACGAUGGAAUCAAAUUUGCAACUGGAAAGUAUUGUUUGUGGUGAUAGAUGUUGAUGAGUGUCCGUGGGCAAGAAAAAUACCAUCGGUGACUGUUAGAGAGGACUCUAACCCUUCUAAUAAUCCUCCUCAUUUAGGAAGGGCCAGUUGUUUCACAGGUGAAGAAAAAGUUAAGAGUUAUUCACGUGCUCAAAAAAAAAAAUGACGGCUUGAAAAAGUAAUUAGGCCCUUUUACUAAACACCACAAUAAUUUAAGGUAGUGUUUUCACUGACGAUGGCGGCUGUGGUUUAGCACAGCUGGAGCACUUAGGAGACCGUGUGUGAGCGAAUUUUCCACACAGAGCGAGUGGAGAUCAUUUCUUUUUUUUCUGCUUGAAUAGACCAUUUUUUUGGUGAAUAAUGUUACUUUUCAGGCUUAGAUCAUUUGAUCCCUUUAGGUCGUGUCAACCAAUGCAUUUUUAUACAGCAGAGCAGAAUUUUUAUGCAGUUGUGGAAAUAGGAUGAAUCUACCAUUUGGAAACCCACGUGGGUGAGAGUGUGCCUCUUCGUUUCUCUUCAUGCUUAGAAACAUUCAAUGCUUGUCAUUUGCUUAGGAGCAUGUUCGUAUGCUACAGACAAGGAGGUCUUUUGGGAGACCUGCAUUAGAACGUUAAAAUUCUGGAAGGUUCUCGUGGCCAUAGAAAUGAUUUGAAUUUCCUUCCCAAAUAGCCUCUGUGAGUAAGGCCAGCUAUGAAAGAAAGCACCCUCUCUGGUUGUCACGUGUACAAUUACAGCUGUCUGGUCUUCGUUCCUUCUGAUCACUGAUACCUCCCUAGGGCCUCGGUCGGGCACAAAAUAAGCAUUGUUUAGUGAAUAUUUUAUGGAUGAACCCACAAAGGUGAAGAAGUUUUAAAGCUGUACCAUAGGAUGAACCUAUUUUCAGAAAAGACCCAUUUUCAGAAGGAGAGAACGUGCGGAGCCUGAUUGUCUCAUGGAGGCUCGUUUAUGAGGCAAGUGAAAAGGGAGUUUCUGAUCAUUAGGGCGCUAAGAGUUAAGUAAUUAUUCAGUAAAUAAGCGAGAAGAAUGUUUCCAGAUGAUCUCCAUUGCUAUAUGUUGCUUCUUUACCUCCUGUACUCUGGGUAUUUGGGGCAACUUCAUGGAGUUGUUCUAACUGACUAGUAAUAUAUCUUCAGGCCUCUAAUUUUUAAAACAUCGAGCCCUGGGCUGGAGCGUGGACUGAGUUCAGCAUCCGCCAAACAAAAUGAUGCUGGGUAAUGUCUUGAGUAGGAAAGCAUUUCACACAGGAAAAUAUGAACAUGCCUUUGGCUCCACACUGGUUGAGCAAUCCAGGAGUCCCCUGACCCCUGGCCUUGAAAUUAGAUCAAUUUUUUUGUCAAAGCAGGGAAUAGGACAAAACCUCUUUUUAAUAGAUGCAGAAAAUUCAACUAGAAAUCUUUUUUUCUUUAAAUUUUUAAUGUUUAUUUAUU